AUGGGCUUUCCUAUCGAGACUUCUCUUUUGUCUGCGAGUCUAUUGCAGCUGGAUUCCCGCAUGUUUCCUCUCAAUGCGGCACUCGACGUUGAUAAUCGCAAUCAUUCAACCGAAAAUCACCCACAAAUCGCACCCAAGAUUCCGCUUGUCAUCAAGAGCUUCGCUGCGCUGGGCGAUUCAUAUGCUUCCGGGGUAGGCGCCGGAAAACAGCUUGACGAAACAUGUUGGAGAUAUAGCGGAAGCUACCCUGUUCAACUGAAUAAUUCCGGCAUCUUUGGGGGCCACACUCUUUCAAUGCAGUUUCUUGCUUGCACCGGAGCGGUGAUGAAGAAGGACUGGGGAGUCACUACAUUCAGCGGCUCCAGCAAAACGAUGCACAUUUGGGAUCAAAUCAAUGCUUUAAGAGACGCUGAUUUCGUCACGCUAUCAAUUGGUGGCAAUGACAUUGGCUUCUUCGAUCUUCUCAACGCCUGCCUGUUUCAAUUCUAUGGACCUGCAUCGCCCAAUUGUGAAACGGUCAAGAAAGUUGCACGGGCAAGAAUCUUGAGCAGGGAGUUUUGGCAGACGUAUAGCCUGGUUUUGGACGCGAUCCUGAGGAAAAAUCCUGCAAGAUCGUUUCGAAUCUUCGCGAACGGAUAUGGCAAAUUCUUCGACACGGCGCUCACAGAAGAAUGCAAUACCAAAAGCCUUGGUUACUGGUUAGGAUACCAGCCAAAAUUGACCGUCAAAACACGUCGCGAAUUAAACGAGAUAUCUACUAUGCUCAACGACAGAAUUGGCCAGAUUAUUAGCUGGAAAAAGAACGAAAGAGUCAUAUUGGUUAACUGGGACCCAAGAUUCGACUCGCAUCGGUUUUGUCGUCCUCGCAAGGGAUUGACAGACCCGGAUACCUGGUUCUUUGACUCGCGGUUUCGCUUGAGAGGCGGUGAUCCGAUCGAUCCAGAGACCUGCAAGGAGGAUUCGAAAGUUGCUGUUGGCGACUGGGAUGCCCAAGCGCGUUGUGCGAUUGCCAUUACCCAUGCAAAUUAUCCAAAACUAAGGCCAAUCUUACGCCGGCCCAUUGGAAAGAUUGACCCGUUCGGCCCCGAAAAUGGACGGCUUUUCCAUCCCAAGCCAGAAGGGUACAAAGCUAUGGUUGACCAGAUCUUGCAGGUGUGGCCGUACACUGUCGCUGAGACAAAGGUUGAAGCGGAUAAUGCAAGAUUAGACAAGUGA